AUGCUGCGGAGUCCCGCGGACGGCCAGGACACGAGAACCACCUCCGGGGCCGCGGCGACGACCCUCUCCGGCGCGACGAGCACGAUGGGCGGCCGCAUCCCCGUGGGCGGCGUCAAGCUGCCGGGGAUGAACGAGGUGCAGAGCGGGGCGCUGCAGGGCGGCCUCGCGCAGAACAAGAUGCCGGCGGGGCUCGGCCAGCAGGACAUGCACCACCUGCAGCAGCAGCAGCAGCAGGCCAACCAGGCGCAGAUGGGGCAGAUGAAGCCGCAGGGCAUGCAGGACGCCGCCGGGAACCUGGUGCCGGGCGCGGGCGGCCCCAACGCCCAGGGCACCAGCAGCGUGACGCCCGGCAUGAGCACCGUCACCACGAGCGCCCACGACCCGCUGGCGGCCAACAAGCCCUUCGGCGCGGGCGCGCAGCAGCAGGGUCUCAUGAACAGCCAGAUGAACACGAACAUGAGCAACAUCGUGAGCACCCAACCCAACAGCCACAUCAGCAACGCCGUCAGCAACCAGACCAACGCCCAAAUCAGCUCCCAGAGUUCGCUACAAAACAACAUGAACGCUCAGGGCAACCUCGCCCUGGACCCCGCACUCAACGCGCAGCAGGGAGCAUUCUUACAAAAUCAGAUGCAGAACAAUCAACUUCAGGCCAACAACAUGUUCGGCAACAAGAACCAGGGCGCCCAGAUGCAGGGCUCGCAGAUGCAGGGGCAGAUGGGCAUGCAGAUGCAGGGUCAGUUCGGCGCGGGCAACCUCCCGGGCACGCAGAUGGGCAACCACAUCCAGCCCGGGGGCACCUUGCCGAACCAGCACAUGUCGAACCAGCCGAACCAGAUGACGGACGUGGGUCAGAUGAACCAGAUGAACCAGAUGCAGAACGCGAUGGGUGCGCACGACAGCAAAAACAUUUCCAGCCUCAUCCACGGCCCACAAAUGCAGACCAGACAACAGCAGAACCCGCAGCAGCAGCAGCAGCAGCAGCCACAGCAGCAGCAGCACAGCUCAACCGCGUCGUCAGCUCUUAGUGGCUUGAGCAGUCUCUUCGGCCUGCAGAAGAACCGCCCAGCAGGCCUCAUUGGCGAUCUAUUUAAAGGAAGUAAGGAAAAAGCCAAUUGCUCAGACUGCGCUAGUGAAAUAGUCUUUAGUCUUGACGUCUCUGCAUUUGACUUGUAUUUACCGCAAGUUUAG